AACGAGGAAGUACAGAGUCAACGGUCAGAACGUUGACCAAAUCUCUCUCUCUCUCUCUACCCGAAUCUCACCGGCCACCGUCGCUUCCCCACCGACGAAUCUGACUCGUAUCCAACAUUCACCUUGGAAGAAUGGCGACUCCGGUUGAUCCACCAAAUGGAGUUAGGAACCAAGGAAAGCACUACUUCUCAAUGUGGCAAACACUCUUCGAGAUCGACACCAAAUACGUUCCCAUCAAACCCAUUGGCCGUGGCGCUUACGGUGUAGUCUGCUCUUCUGUUAACAGAGAGACUAACCAGAGAGUAGCCAUCAAGAAGAUCCACAAUGUGUUUCAGAACAGGAUCGAUGCGUUGAGGACACUUCGUGAACUCAAGCUUCUACGUCAUCUUCGUCAUGACAAUGUCAUUGCUCUUAAAGAUGUAAUGAUGCCUAAUCAAAAAAGAACCUUUAAGGAUGUGUAUCUUGUUUACGAGCUCAUGGACACUGAUCUUCACCAGAUUAUCAAGUCUUCUCAAGUGUUGAGUAAUGAUCAUUGCCAAUACUUUUUGUUCCAGUUGCUUCGAGGACUCAAGUACAUUCAUUCAGCCAACAUUCUCCAUAGGGAUUUGAAACCAGGUAACCUCCUUGUUAACGCAAACUGCGACUUAAAGAUAUGUGACUUUGGUCUCGCGCGCACGAGCAACACCAAAGGUCAGUUCAUGACUGAAUAUGUUGUGACUCGAUGGUACCGAGCACCAGAGCUUCUCCUCUGUUGUGACAACUAUGGAACCUCCAUCGAUGUCUGGUCGGUAGGUUGCAUAUUCGCCGAACUUCUUGGAAGAAAACCGAUAUUCCCGGGUACAGAAUGUCUUAACCAGAUUAAACUCAUCAUUAACAUUUUGGGGAGCCAGAGAGAGGAAGAUCUCGAGUUUAUCGAUAACCCCAAAGCCAAAAGAUACAUAGAGUCUCUCCCUUACUCACCGGGGAUAUCAUUUUCUCGUCUUUACCCGAAUGCUCAUGUUCUAGCCAUUGAUCUGCUUCAGAAGAUGCUUGUUCUUGACCCUUCGAAGAGGAUUAGUGUCACCGAAGCGCUUCAGCAUCCUUACAUGGCGCCUUUAUAUGACCCCAAUGCAAAUCCUCCAGCUCAAGUUCCUAUUGAUCUUGAUGUAGACGAGGAUGAGGAUUUGGGGGCAGAGAUGAUAAGAGAGUUGAUGUGGAAAGAAAUGGUACAUUAUCAUCCAGAUACUGCUACCAUGAAUAACACUGAGCUAUGACCUCAAGUAUUAUGAAGGUAAUUUUCAGAGAGAUCUUUCAACUACUCUUUUAAAAAAAAAACUUGGUUCAUGUUUGAUUUUUCAAUGUUGUUAAUAACUGUGUGUUGAAGAAGAUGAACAAAAACAUUAAAUUACGGGCUUUAUUUGUGUAACGCAUGCUAUGUUUUUUUUCUUUUUCUGGUUAUAAAAGUUGUCUGUAACAUUUGUACAUAAACUUCUGUUUUUUUUCAUUAUAUUUUGUCUUUAAAGCUUUAUAGUUCAUACUAUUUGGC